CUUUCUCUUCCUUUCUCCUCAUCCCACAAAGCAAUUUGCAACUCAAGCAAAGAGAGACAGAUCGAGAGAGAAGAGAAAGAGAGGUGAUCAAGUUUCUUCUGCUAAGAUCAAGUUUCUCACCUCACAAUGGCUCGCUCUCUCUCUAUCGCUAAAACCCUCUCCGUCAUCGUCGCCCGAGACUUCUCCAACGCCAUCUUCAGACGAGGGUUCGCCGUCGCAGCUGACACGGCGUUGCAUGGGAGCGUUGCGAGCGGUGGAACAACCGCUUCUGCCUCGGUGAUGAAGAAGAAUGUUGGGGAAGAGUCAAGCGAGAAGGCUCCAUGGAUCCCUGACCCUAAAACCGGUUACUACAGACCCGCUACCGUUUCUCAGGAGAUUGAUCCGGCGGAGCUACGAGCUGUUCUCUUGAACAACAAGCAAUAAUUCCUUUCCGAAAAAUAAGAUAAUUAUGUUGAUGUUGUGGUUAUUGCCAUGUUUUAUGGGAGAGAGAAUCAGAAAAACGGGUCAUGAUCCUUUGCGCGGUGAACCCCUCUAUCAUCUUAUUUUGUUGAGAGUUUUGUAGUGAUCGUUUUGAUCCAAUCCUAAUAAGUUAUAAAAUCGUCCCUAUUUAUGAA